UAUAUAUAUAUUUACUUAUUUGACAAUUUACCACUGUUCUCUGGUAAUCCCAAGUCAGGGAAAGGGAUUUUGUAUGUUGAACGUGUGUUUAUUUAAGGGGUUUGUAGAAAAGACAGUUAUUAUAUUACAGAUUUCUCGUCAAAUAAAAAGAGAAGAAAACUCGAGCAACUGUGGCAUAGCCAUGCAAUCCAAAACACAGAAAAAUAAAAGUGGUGAUAAGAACAAGUUUUGCUUCUUAUAAUUAACUUCUCUUCUGACAGUGAAUGGCUACAAUACCACUUCUAAUCUUCUGUUUGCUAACAAGUAUAUACAUUGCGAAUGAAAAUAAAAUUGUGUGAACCAGUCCUACACAUUAAAACUAGCAGCCUUUCAUUUUGGUGUAGUGCACAAUAUUAUUUGAUGCAAAUGCAUUGGUGAUAACGAUAUGGAAUGGAUAUGUUGGGUACGUUUCCUUUUAUUUAAGGGCAGUUGAACAGAAGUAGGUGAAAUAUAGUUGCCUUUAACCCUUGGGUGCAAGAUAGGUAUUCAGACUUUUUUUUCAAAAUCCAUAUCUAUCAAAAACCGCCUCCUCUUUUCUUCUUUCUCCAUGUAUGUAGACAUGUUCUCUUCUGUCCAACCUCUUCUCACCUUCCACCACUUCUUUUGACCCUAUAUAUAUAUAUAUAUAUAUAUAUACCUAAUCCAAAACAUCUUCAGUUCCUCUCUGAACAUUCUAUCUGGAGCCCCACAAAUGGAAGGACAAGAAACCCCACAACCACCAUUAUUAGUCCAUGAACUGCCACCCCAAAACUCUCCCUACCUCUUUACACCACCACAUCCACUACUUCCAUCAUCUUCAUUGCACCCUCCUGUAAUUGAUCCUCAAGUUGUUCUUCCUGAUAUCGACUGGGUUGCCCUUCUCUCCAGCCAAUCAGUAGUUGGUGAGAAUAGGCCAAUGAUGAUGGAAAACGCUUCUUUAAUUGGUGAAACAGGAGCUGAGGAAGAAAAGGGCAAUAAGGAUAAGCUAAGAAAAAGUGGCAGAAUCAAAAAGCACAUCACGCCAAGGUUUGCUUUCCAAACCAGGAGUGCUGAUGACAUUCUUGAUGAUGGAUAUCGAUGGAGAAAAUACGGGCAGAAAGCUGUCAAGAACAGCUCAUAUCCCAGGAGUUACUAUAGGUGCACCCAUCACACAUGCAUCGUGAAGAAGCAAGUGCAAAGGCUAUCGAAGGACACGAGUAUUGUGGUGACCACGUAUGAGGGAAUCCAUAACCAUCCUUGCGAGAAGCUGAUGGAAACCCUAACUCCUCUUCUCAAGCAGAUGCAGUUCCUCACUAGGAAAUAUAUUAAGAAGACAAAUCAGAGUCAACGACACAAGAAAAUGCCUCAGGGGGACAAAAUAACCAAGCAAAAGGGAGACUUCUCUCGUAUAAUUUAGCCACCAAUCAACGAGCAGCCUUCUUCCUAUUGUUAUCAAUGCAAAAGAAAUUCACAGAAUUGAAUUAGUAGGAGUCUCUCCCUUGCUUGGUCGAAAUCACUGGAAAAUUCCCCGGGCACAGCAGAAUUAAGGACAAACAUUCAGGAGUUUUACUCAUGCCUCUCUUAUCUUAAAGUCCAAUAUCCAGUAUUACGCAUGGUUAUUAAGUAGUGAUUUUAGCUGUGGAGAGAAGACCAUUAAGGUCGAGUGUUUGAGCUUCCAGGUUGACUAACUGCAUCCAGAUGAGCUACUUCCUUCCAAAGCAUAUAUAUGAAUAUUGGUGCUAUUCGCAGCAAUCCCAUCCAUCUGUAGUGUGCUUUUUAGGAAUUGUUGGGUGCUUGGACGGAUUAGUAAAUGCCUAAGCAGAUUGGAUUGGUUGAGUCACAAAUUGCUUAAAUGCAACGUAGUAAGACUUUUCUGUCAGGCUUCCCCUUGUCCUGCCAGAGGCCGCCGGUUUUCUAUCGAUGCCGAUGCACCAGAAGUUUCGGCCAUUAAGACUGGUUAGGGCAGUCUGUUGAAGAAAGCAUAAUGAAGGACAUGGAGGGCAUGGUCUCAGAGACUGCACAAGCUGGAUUGCUUGUAUAGGCUUCUCAUCACUGACCAAGGGUGAAAGGGAGCAACCUUUCCUGCAAAGCAGGAAAUGUCACUUCUACCUUACCCUUCUCAGAAAGUAGUCGUUAGGCAUGUACAAAUAUCAGUAUAUAUUCUCAUCACAG